AUGUCAAUACAAAUCUCUGAUAAACCUAAAUUCCAAACUUAUAAAUAUAAAAUUUUACUUCUGGAGCUCUAUAAUACUUUCUUUAAGCUAGAAGAACAGAUAGGUAUUAUUGAUCCUGAAAAUUUGAAUACUAAUAUCAAUGAUAUUAAAACUUGGAUACUUAAUUAUUAUGACACUUCUGAUCCAGAAUGCAAAGGUUUUUUGUUAGUCAAAGAUCUAGAAAGCUCUUAUAUGAAUUCUUGCGUUAUAAUAACUAUA